AUGGGCGCGCGCAUCAGUGGCAGCCAUCGGGAAGAGGAUGACGCGGAACGCCCGAGCAUUUUUCUGUCGCCCUAUUUGCUGCCAUCUUUGUAUCAAGAGAGGGUCAGGCGGCUGGUACAGGAGACAGCAGAGUCACCCCCAAGCGAAAGCCUUGAGGCCACAGUGCGCCGCUGCAUCGCCUUUUGCUACAGUGUGACUACAGAGUGGGCUCCGCAUGUUCGAGUGACAGUCUACGCAGACAAUGCCUGCGAGCAUCAAUUGAACGUUCCAGUGCUCAGUACUUUACUUUGCUGUAUGGGUGAAGUAGGCUUUGAUACCGAAGCCGUGCCCUGCAAGCCGAUCCCUGGGACAGAUGUCUACGAUGGUUUGAUAAAGCCCAGCCUCUUUUGGACUCGACUGGUGCCGGGCGAACACCGUCUGCAUUUUCGAAGCCUAGCGCACAGCUACCUGAAGUGGUUUGUUGAUUUAGAUGAUGCAGAUUCACGCAAGCAGCUUUUGGUGAAUAUUCUCCUCCAAAUGCACGAAGCUUGCUACAACUGCGUGGGCCGACACAAAGAGGUCUUUGAGUUUUGCAUUUAUGACCUGAUGUCUGCUGAGCAGAUGCAAAAGCCACCUGCAGAUGCAGCAAGUGCCUGCCGUACCAUCAUCUUCCAACAUGCCGCGCGGUUUCUGGACCGGCACAAGCGGAACGCCUUGCACGCAGCCUUUCUUUCUCCUUUGAAGUACUUGUUCCAGCAUUGCUACGAGGUCUAUGAAAAUUUGGACAGCCAUGGUUCAUCCUUUUGGGUGGCUGUCCUAAGCAUCUUUUUCCCAGAGCUUGACAUGCCGUUUGAGCGCAUCGAGCAGCUGGACACGGGUUGGGGCUGGGCGGCUGUGGAUUUUCUGCCGUCAAUGUCUUCGACGCCCGAGCGCAUCGCUUUGGAGAGGUUCUCUGAUCCUGACAAUCUGGGGCGAGACUGGCGCUCUCUGACGUUGGAUCUGCCGCCCAUGAAGUCGAUGGCGCCCAGACGCUUUCGAUACCUCCCAUUGACUGCCGGACCGCAUGGCUUUGCAGAGGCUCUUCGGCGCAUACAAGGUCGUGAUUGUGUGAGGAAGCAAUUCGCUCGAUAUGUGGACAGAUUUGCUGCUUUCAUGCGGGAGGACCUACUUGUGAGAUGCUGGGCCCUUUCAGCGGUGACUUCUGAUAGAUGGGAUGCCGAGCUGGGCCCAGCACUCUCAGCUGUGUCAGAAGACGUUGCAGGCGAGACCUUGGCGCCUUGCGGUGUUCGAGAUGCCCUCUGCAGUUUAACAGACUCGGGCAGGGUUGAAAUUGACGCUCCAAGAGCCGCUUCUUUUCUUGCAGCCGCUGGGGUCCACUGGGCCUAG